AUGCGACCAACAUUUGCGCUCGCACUCCUUUCGUUGGCCGCCUCGGUCCAAUCCUUGGUCCUCCCCAGAAAUCCAUGCUACAAGUGUCAAGGCUUCACUAUCAGCGUCUCUGGCGGUGUUAGUGGUCCCCUUGGACAGAUUUCUGAUGGCCAGAACCGUGUUGGACCAAAGACCCCAACCCCGGCCAAGUAUAAUCUCGGCUGCAAUGGCGGAGUCGUUGACGCUAAAGGCCGUGGAUGCAUCUUGACGCCUCCAACCACCCAGUACCAGUGUGACGAAGGUGCAUCACCUACAACUGGGUUUGCCAUUGGUAGCAAUGGUGGUAUUACCUACAAUGGCAAGGGAGAGUUUUGGGCCUGCCCCGUCGAUGAUUAUGGUAAUUGGAAUAUCUACAGCAAGCCAGUCGCCGGACAAACCAAGUGUGUUAAGGUCUGGCUGACUGCUAAGGGCUGUAGCGCGCCACCACCUCCACCACCUCCACCGCCACCAAAGUCCUGUCCAUAUAGCUUGGUAUAUCCCAACGGCCAGUCUUUUGAGUUCCCUCACUUGAUUGUGCCAGUUGACAAGAAGAACCCGAAUAAAGCCUAUGGAACAUCAUAUUUCGGCGAGAUCACAUCCUCGAAGGCCACUAUCUUUAAUUUUGAUGUUCGUCCGGGAUUUAAAGGCAAGAAGUGCUCUCUUGUCUGGCUCUUCCCAACCAACCCUCCUUCGGAUACUAGUUCCUAUACUUUCUCCGGUGUAGGAAACCUUCACUUCUGGAAGAAGUCUUCACCGGCUACACAAAGCACAACUUACAACAACCAGGGCGGAAAUAGCGUCGACUACGGUGUCACCAAGGUCGUUCCGGGACAUAGCUAUACCAUCUCCACCUUUGACUGCCCUUACGGCCAGAAGAUCGCCUUUGAAAUCAGCUCCACGGAUACCAACCUCAGAUACUUCCAAGAUUAUAACCCUUCAGCGGUUGGUCUAUACAUUACCGUCUGCUAA